UCCCUCGCGAACGCGAAAGCUAACUGGGCUAAGCUAAGCUAAGCUAACUGCUAUCAAAGAGUCGCCGCGCGUCAGAGCGAUUGAGCCGAGAGAGACCUGAUGGAAGAGAGUGAGGAGAGAGAAGAACUGAGUGAAGUGGAGGAGGAAGAACAUGUCAAACCUGGAGGAAAACCCUUGAGUCGCUCAAGGACUAAAAAGACAUUUUUAAAGAAAAGAGCCAAGAGAUCUUUCACCUGCACUCUGUGUGGAACCAGUUUCACAGCCAAACAUCAUCUUGAGCGUCACAUGAGGAUCCACACCGGAGAGAAGCCGUUCACAUGUGAUCAAUGUGGGAAGAGUUUCGGUCAUUCUUCAUACCUUAAAGAACACAUGAGGAUCCACACCGGAGAGAAGCCGUUCUCAUGUGAUCAAUGCGGCAAAUCAUUUCUUAGGGCAUCAGACCUGAAGACACACCUAACAGUUCAUACGAAGGAGAAGCCGUAUUCAUGUUCUGUGUGUGGAAAGAGUUUUCCACUGUGGCUUCAUUUACAUAAACAUCAGAAAAUUCAUACUGCUGUGAAAGAGUACAUGUGCUUUGAGUGUGAGAAGACUUUUACUACAGCGGCCAUUUUAAAACGGCACGAGAUAAUUCACACUGGAGAAAAACCUUACAUGUGUUUACACUGCGACAAGAGAUUCAAUGUGUUAUCAUCUCUGAAAACACAUGAGAGGAUCCACACUGGAGAGAAACCUUACAAGUGUUCACACUGUGACCAGAGAUUCAGUUUUUCAUCAAAUCUGAAAACACAUGAGAGGAUCCACACUGGAGAAAAACCUUACAAGUGUUCACACUGCAACAAGAGAUUCAGUGAUCCAUCACAUCUGAAAACACAUAAGAUGAUCCACACUGGAGAAAAACCUUACAAGUGUUCACACUGCAACAAGAGAUUCAUUCGGUCAUCAUAUCUGAAAAGACAUGAGAUGAUCCACACUGGAGAAAAACCUUACAAGUGUUCACACUGUGACAAGAGAUUCAUUAACCCAUCAUCUCUUAAAACACAUGAGAUGAUCCACACUGGAGAAAAACCUUGCAAGUGUUCACACUGUGACAAGAGAUUCAGUGACCCAUCAUCUCUGAAAAAGCAUGAGAUGAUCCAUACUGGAGAAAAACCCUACAAGUGUUCACUCUGUGACAAGGGAUUCAGUCGAUCAUCACAUCUGAAAUCACAUGAGAGGAUCCACACUGGAGAAAAACCUUACAAGUGUUCACACUGUGACAAGAGAUUCAGUGACUCAGCAAAUCUGAAAACACACGAGAGGAUCCACAGUAGAAAAAAACCUUACAAGUGUUCACACUGUGAAAACAGAUUCAGUCACUCAUCACAUCUGAAAACACAUGAGAGGAUCCACACUGGAGAAAAACCUUACAAGUGUUCACACUGUGACAAGACAUUCAGUCAAUCAUCAACUCUGAAAACACAUGAGAGGAUCCACACUGGAGAAAAACCUUGCAAGUGUUCACACUGUGACAAGAGAUUCAGUCACUCAUCACAUCUGAAAAAGCAUGAGAUGAUCCAUACUGGAGAAAAACCCUACAAGUGUUCACACUGUGACAAGAGAUUCAGUCGAUCAUCGCAUCUGAAAACACAUGAGAGGAUCCACACUGGAGAAAAACCUUACAAGUGUUCACACUGUGACAAGAGAUUCAGUGACUCAUCACAUCUGAAAACACACGAGAGGAUCCACAGUAGAGAAAAACCUUACAAGUGUUCACACUGUGAAAAGAGAUUCAGUGACUCAGCAAAUCUGCGAUCACAUGAGAGGAUCCACAGUAGAGAGAAGCCGCACACGUGUGAUCAGUGUGGAAAGAGUUUCUCUAUUAAAAGUGACCUGAAGCUACACAUGAAGAUCCAUGCAGUGGAGAAACCACAUCACCACAGUCUGAGAUCACGACCCGAUGGAAGAACCAGAGAGAAACCUUACUCAUGUGAUCAAUUCGGGAGGAGCUUCACGGAUAAAGGAAACUUUAAGAGACACAUGAGGAUCCACACCGGAGAGAGACCAUACACAUGUGGUCAGUGUGGGAACAGUUUCAUCAGUAAACAAAACCUUAAGAAUCAUAAGAAGCUUGUUGUAUUUGUAUACCGCUGUAACCUUAGAAAUCAUCCUGAAACAUUCCCAUAACCUGUUACAGUCAUACAUUUAAAGAUGUACAUCCAGUUCUCCAGGACUGAAGCUGAAGACUCAUAAUAUGCAAGCUUUUGUUAUUUUGCUAAACUUUUUUGUUUGUGUAACCAAGUAUAUUUCUUUUUUGUUUAAAUAAACUUUUCUU